GAGGCAGAGAGAGAGAGGCAGAGAGAAACCUUUACAUGUUCAGUGAAAGGAGAUGCGAGACAGAAAAGGCCAGGACAGCCUUGUCACCUGAGGCUAAGAGAUCAGGCUAUUAUCAACGGGACUUCCCAUCACCUAAGAAAGAAGGCUGAUUCUCAAAGCAAGGUUUCAUUGUUAAUAAUGAUGAGGAAAGUGUUCAUUUGCCUGGACUGAGUUUGCAACCAGAACAAGUUUCCAAAGCUCUUCUUUAAGACAGUGGGCAAUCAGGUCUCUGUGACACUUUAUCUAAGGCACAGCCAGACCAGGCCCCAUGGCUAGUGAGUGAGGCACCAGUAAACGUGCUUACACGGAAAUAGGAACGCCAAAGAAAGCUCUUUGAAAGAUAAUUGCAUUCUUCCUUUCUCGAGUUUAUUCAAGGAUCAAAAAUAACAGCAUGUAGAGAAAAGCGUCUGAGUGCGAGGUUUCAACCGAAAGUGAGUAUUCUGUAUAAGGACCUGCAAACCCCAGUGCAAACUGGAUCCAAUUCAGAAGCGGUGAAAUCGAAUCCGUACAUUGGAAGCAAGAGAAAACAGAAAUUCACAACAUUUUAUUGAUGCUUAUAUCUGUCUUGCUGUGGACAAUAACAUACACGGAGACAAAUGGCAGCCUCACUCGCGGUGCUCCUGACCGUGACAUUUUGUGUCGAUUUUGUGCUGUUUAAGCUGGUGCAGACUGAUCGGAGUGUUGUGAGAACAAUGGGGAGGAAGGCCCUACCAGUGGAAAAGAAUUUGGACCAAAUAAUAAAUGUGCCAGACAGUCAACAGCUACCAGAUACGCCUGUGGACCCACACGACAGCUGGCUCCUGUUUGUAGAACACUCCGAGAAGGGGGUCAAUGACAGGAAGAAGAACAAAGGAAGAGGUCGAAAAUCACAGCAUGGUCUUCCAGGGCCACCAGGUCCACCUGGACCCCAGGGUCCCCCUGGAGCUAUUGUCACACAGGAAGUACUACUGAAAGAAUUCAAAGAAAUGCUUAAAGAAGUGGUUGAAGAAAGAAAUAGGAUCACGUUGCAGGAAAAGUGCCAGGAAUGUCCAGGAAUUCAGGGUGGUCUGGCCUUUCCCUCACUAUUACCCAGGGAGAUGGGCCCAUAUCAUAGACUGGAGGCAGCCUUUCACUGCAAGCUAAAGGAUGACCUUGUGAUGAACAGAAAGAGUUUGAGGGAGCUGAAGAAUUUUCAUAUUCCUGAGCAAGAUGGAGUGUUCCUGCGAGGAAUUGGCCUCAAUCUGACUAGUGGCCAAUACGUGGCCCCAAUGGCAGGAUUCUACCAGUUCUCAGCCAACCUCCAUAUUGAACACAGAGAGCACCAGAGAAGAAGACACAGCAGACCACACGAUAACAUCCGAAUCCUCAUCUGCAUUGAAUCUCUCUGUCAGCACAAUGCCUCCCUGGAAACAGUUUAUGGUCUAGAUAGCAACAGUCAUCUAUUCACCAUGUUUGUCAGUGGUGCUCUCUAUCUGCAGGCCAUGCAGUAUAUCUCUGUCUUUGCUGACAACAGAUCCGGUUUUGCUGUCACCAUCCAAAGUGGCUCGGAUUUCACAGGGAUCUUCCUGGGCACGUAGAGGCAGCCAGUGGAAUGGAUCCAUGGACCUGCUCGAUUCCCUCCUCUCCUCCUUCCCUCCCACAUUAAGACUCCUCUUGCCGAUCCGUCCCCUGCAAUAUCGCAUCGCCCAUGAAUUUACUGCUGCGGUGGGGAGGGCUGAUAGCAAAGGGCACUCGGGGUCAAUAAAGACAUUAACCAGAAUUUUUUUGUGUGUGCCACGGACCUCUGGGAAUGUUCUGGAGAAAUCUUUCUUUUCAUGUAUUUUUUAAUGACAAUAUUUUCCCUGAAUGUUUACUGUCGGAACUAUAACAGCAUUGUCUUUCAAAGCUCUUGACAAUGUCAGAAUGCGAUUCAAAAUUCGCUUGCAAUUUGCUUGCAACCUGGAUGUAUCUUUAAUAUAAGAAGCUGCAUUUUCGCGAAAUCGGGCAUUCAAUGCAUAUCUCACAAACGUGCGGACUGUUUAAAAAGUAGGACGUUCUUCCACUCUCCCUGCAUUUCCCAAAACGUAUCCAUUCCUAUAUUUUUAAAACAAUUCCGUGCAUCAAAAUUUGCCUCACCUUACCAAAUUUGUUGUUUUUGUCUUUACUUCUUGUAGAAGAAUGUAAGAGAACAAUAUAAAAGGGUAAAGAAUCAGAAGCCUGCAUGCCAGCAAUGAAUCUGUAUCUGGCUUCCUCCCCAGUGAAAGGGAAUCGUGUUAGGAGAUAGAUUCCAGUCCAUAUUCUACUGCCUGUGUGGCCCAACUCUGCAACCAUCCCCACAGUAAGUGGACUAGAUGGUCACUGUCAGAUCUGGCAAAGGGGGAAAUGUUAAGAUCUUAGAAAUAAUUCAUUAUAAGUCAUAAAUAAAUUUGUUGGGCUUUGCAUUGUAUUGCUCAGUGUCUGUGCUUAGGCCCUGGGGCUUUGGCUUUCAGAUGGGUUUGGUUUAACUGACAAAAAAAACUGAGGGGGGGUCCCAGUUAAAAAUUGGAGGUGACCAUCUUGGGAGGUGGAAGUAGGGAGUUGGUUGUUAGUGGGUGAAGGGUUAGGAUUGGUGAUGGGACAUGGGGUCUGGAACUGAACCAAACUGAGGAAAGGGAAGCCAUUGUUAGGCCUGUCAGCAGAUUGACAAGAGCUUUGAAAUGGCUGACACAGUGACAAGUUGAUUUUUUUUAUAAAUCUUCCCCUGCCUGCCCUGAUGGCAUGGUUGUUAGAGCACCAGCAGUGCUGUGAUCUGAUUGACUCGAUGCUCACAUCCUGGUUUAAUCUGCUUUAUUGUGUAGAGUUGAUAAAACGUUAAUAAACAUCAUUCUGAAAAGAAAGGCUGGUGUGAGAUGCGCAGAAUAACUCAGCAAUAGUCAGACCCUCAUCAGCUGAUGUUUUAAACUGAAGAAUAAACUUUGCUUUUUAAAUUCUAAGCGUCUAGAGGCUAGGGAGACUAAUUCACCAGAACCUCUCAAACUGUAAUUCAUACCUAAAUAACAAACAGCAUACAUGUAAACUAUCUGAACUCUUCAUUUGGAUUCCAGCCAGUAACUCACUCAGCUAGCCAUUAUUCUCACAUACUGAAAGUAACAGGAUGUAAUGGGAAAAAAAUCCCAUUGGCAUCUGUGAUAAUUAAUGAAGUCCAUGCUGGGAUAGAGAGGCACAUAUUCAAGUUUACUGAUGAAACAUUGGUCGGAGACAUUGUUAAAUGGUACAUAUGGAGGCAGAACAUUGCAAAGAGGUAACAAGGUGUAGAGCUGGAUGAACACAGCAGGC